AUGUAUAUUUUAGUUUUUACCAUAUUAAAUAUAUAUUUAAGCAUUUAUGUAUGGGGAAAUGUUUACAUAAAAAGAGACAAUAUAAUUAAUAUUAAUUAUUUAAUGCAUAUAAGGAAUAAAAAAUUAAAUAUAAAUAACUUAUUUAGAAAAAAUAAUCAUAAAAAAAAUAUUUGCUAUAUCCCUCAUAAAGAAAUAAUUAUAGGUACUCGUGAUUCACCAUUAGCAUUAAAGCAAUCAGAAAAAGUAAAAAAAAAACUUUUAAAUCAUUUUAAAAAGAUUAAUAAAAAAGUGAAAAUAAUAUUAAAACCAAUAAAAACAACAGGUGAUAAAAUAUUAGAUAAAAGUGUAAGUUUAUUUGGAGGUAAGGGAAUUUUUACAAAAGAAUUAGACGAACAAUUAAUAAAAAACAAUGUUGAUAUAUGUGUUCACUCAUUAAAAGAUGUUCCUAUGAUAUUACCUGAAGAUAUUUAUUUGCCAUGUUUUUUAAAAAGAGAUACUAUUAAUGAUGUUUUUUUAUCAAUUAAAUAUAAAAAUUUGAAUCAAAUGAAUAAAUGUAAAUUUAAUAACUUAGAAAAAGUAGAGAGUAAUAUUAAAAACAAUUUUUACUUAAAAAAAGAUGAAGAUAAAGAUUCAUUAUGUACAGUUGCAACAUCGUCAUUAAGAAGAAGAAGUCAAAUAAAAUAUAUGUAUAAAAAUAUAGAAUUGAAAAGUAUUAGAGGAAAUAUUAAUACAAGAUUAGUGAAGUUAUUUAAUGGAUAUUGUGAUUCUAUAAUAAUUGCUUUGUGUGGCUUAGAAAGGCUAAUAAAAAGAAAGGUGAUCGUCGAUAUAGUGAAAAAUAAAAAGCGCAAUAUUCAUAAACCAUAUAUAAUUAGAUAUAAUAACACAAGUAUUGAUUUAAGUUUUUUAAAUAUACAGAAGAUAAAUAGGAAAUUUAUUUAUCCAGCUUUAUGCCAAGGUAUUAUAGCAAUCACCUCAAAUAAAAAUAAUUCGGAAAUUAAUGAUAUAUUAAAAGAUAUAAAUGAUGAAAAAUCAGAAAUUAUGGGAAAAACAGAAAGAGCAUUUUUAUCUCAAAUUGAAGGGAAUUGUAUGAUGCCUAUAGGUGGAUAUACGAAGAUUGUAAAUAAUAAAAUUUUCUUUAAUGCCAUAAUAAAUGAUAUUCAUGGGUAUGAAAAAUUUCAGAUUAGAGAAAAAGGCGAGAUAAAUAAUUAUUUAGAUAUUGCAACAAAUGCAGCUACAAACAUUAAAAAAAUAAUAGGUGUUGAAAAGUUUCAUAAAAUAAAAGAAGAAGCGGCAUUAUACUAUAAAUAA